UCUCUAUGACAAAAAAUGACAGAGUAUUUUAAGUCUGUUUUGCUGCAAUGUGAAAAAAAACCUGCAAAACGCGCCGGCGCGUUUUUAGACCUCAGAGUGUUAAAACCUUGUUGGGUUCAUCUGAGGGUUCCCCUGAAGCUAUUAUUCGUGCGGUAGGUGAUUUGCUGGCUAGGAUUGAAAAACCACCAGGUGAAGGUAGCAGUUAUCGUCGUCUCAGAAUCUUCUCUGGAGCCAUACCUACGCCGGCUGGGGAGGAGUCUUUAGAGAAUUGGCUUGAGCAGGCUCAUCUGAUGGUGGAGGAGAGUGACUGCUCAACCAAAGAAAAAAGACGACGUAUAAUGGAGAGUUUAAGGGGACCAGCUUUGGCUGUGGUUAAAGCUGUGCGUACUGCAGAGACUGGGAUUUCGCCCAAAAAGUGUUUAGAGGCAAUUGAGAGUGCAUUUGGUCCCGCUGAAUCUGGCGAAGAGUUGUAUUUUGCAUUUCGCUUGAUGCAACAACAUCCAGGGGAAAAAUUAUCUGAUUUUCUUAGGCGACUGGAGCAUUCUCUGAACAAAGUAGUACAGCGAGGUGGAUUGCCCACGAGUGGGGUAGAUCGAGCCAGAGUAGAGCAACUUCUCCGUGGUGCUGUCGCUUCUGAUAUGAUGCUAGUCCAUCUCAAACUAAGAGAUAGGAAAGAACACCCUCCUACAUUUUUAGAGUUACUGAGAGAAAUUCGUACUGAAGAGGAAUAUGAAGCCGCCAGGGUUAAAUUGAACUCAUCAGUGAACAAAAUCCAUGCUAGAAUUGAUCAAGACAGUCAGCAGCAUGAGGUUCAAGCUCUAAAAAAAGAGGUCAAAGAGUUAAAAGCUUUGUUUGCAGCUAUGACUACCACUCAGCAGCAACUUGCUGUAACUGGGACAGGGGAGCCAACCCCAAAACCUGUCAGUUCAGGGGGGAGUUUGGAUCCUGAAGUGGUAAGUCUUAAAAAACAAGUGAGAAGGCUGCAGCAAAAAGCCACAGUCCGAGGUUUAAGUACUCCAGCGACUGCAUUACCAGUGGAAGCGUCUCGAGCAGGUAGUACAAUGGUAAAGUACCCCAAGCUUGCCAACAGUUCUGAGGAGUUUUAUUGCUAUCGAUGCGGUGAGAAUGGACACUUCUCUUCUAAAUGUAAAAGUCCUGAAAAUUUGAGCAAAGUCAUACAGAAACUAAUACAAUCUCUUCGGAGGGCAAAACGGAGAGACUCAACUUCAGGAGAUGUUGACCUGGGGACGGCUAACUGUUCUGUAAAAAGGAGUGUUGUAGAAGUGCGGGGAGAUAGACUGAUUCCCAAAGGAUUAAUAGGCCCAACUUCUGUGGUACCGUUGAGGGUUAACGGACAUUCAUGUGAUGCAUUACUGGACAGUGGCUCACAGGUGACCAUAAUAUUUGAAGAUUGGUACAGACGCUAUCUGUCUGAUCUCAAAAUCCAUCCAGUGACUGGAUUAGCCAUUUGGGGGUUAAGUGAAUCCAAUUAUCCCUAUUUGGGUUAUGUAAUGGUAGAUCUGGAGUUUCCAGAAAAACUCACUGGAACUAAUGAUACCAUUUCAGUCUUAGCCCUAAUUUGCCCAGGACCAUCUAGCCCCGAUCAGACUCCGGUUAUCUUGGGUACAAAUGCAAAUUUUUUCAAGCGGCUGGCCCAGCUGUGUAAGGACAGGGCAGGGGUAGACCUUGCUCAGACAUUGGGCAUUGCUGUAGAUACAGCAGCAGAGAACCUGUUGCUAAAUACAGCCAAGCCUAUCUCUGGGUGUACUACUGCUGAAGAUCAUCUGGGUAGUGUCAUCUGGUCGGGCCCGGGUUCUCUGAAUUUACCGGCUGACGGAGACUGUUGUGCCAUAUGUAGUGUGGAGUUAGCUGUGCCAUUGGAAAGUGAGGUUUUGAUGGUGGAGGCGUCACCAUCCGUGACACUGCCCGUAGGGGUAUUACUGCAACCGAUGGUGAUCCCUAGUAAUGGAGUAGAGAUAAACAAUUUCCCAGUGUUGAUACAUAACGAAUCCAAGAGAAGCACAGUAAUUCCGGCGGGAACAGUUGUGGGACAUUUGUAUCCAAUUGAUCCGGUGAAGCCAAUAGCGAAAGCUGAGCAGGUUACUGAACCGUUUGACCCCAAUCUCAUUAAUUUUGGUGAUUCUCCCAUCCCCGAGAUUUGGAAGGAUAGGCUUCGACAGAAGUUAUCACAGCGAGCACGAGUAUUUUCCUUGCAUGAGUGGGAUGUUGGCUUAGCCAAAGGUGUAGAACAUCAUAUUAGGAUGUCGGACUCAAGGCCUUUCCGGGAGCGGUCGAGAAGGCUAGCUCCGGCAGAUAUUGAUGAUGUGCGGAAGCAUUUGCAGGACCUUCUGAAAGCUGGAAUCAUAAAAGAAUCCCGAAGCCCAUAUGCUUCCCCCAUAGUAAUAGCUCGCAAAAAGAACGGGAGUGUCAGAAUGUGUAUCGAUUAUCGCACUUUGAAUAGUCGAACAGUUCCAGACCAAUAUACCACUCCACGUAUUGAUGACGCUUUGGACUGUUUAGCUGGGAGUCAAUGGUUUUCAGUUCUAGAUCUCAGAAGCGGUUACUAUCAAAUUGCUAUGGCCCCAGAGGAUAAAGAGAAAACUGCUUUUGUAUGUCCCCUGGGGUUUUAUCAAUUUGAGAGGAUGCCUCAGGGUGUCACCGGGGCCCCGGCAACCUUCCAAAGAUUGAUGGAGAAAGCAGUGGGAGAUAUGAACCUUCUUCAGGUUUUGGUCUAUCUUGAUGAUCUCAUCGUCUUUGGAAGGUCUUUGGAAGAGCAUGAGGAGCGGCUCUUUAGGGUUUUAGACAGGCUGGAGGAGGUUGGGUUGAAAGUCUCAUUAGACAAAUGUCAGUUUUGUCAAGCCAAAGUGAGAUAUGUUGGGCAUAUUGUGUCUGCGGAGGGCAUUGCCACUGACCCGGACAAGGUUAGUGCUGUCAUAAACUGGCCUCAGCCUGUAGACCUGAAGUCGUUGAGAUCCUUUUUAGGGUUCUGCGGGUAUUAUCGCAGGUUUAUUGCAGAUUAUGCGAGAAUUGUUAAACCCCUGACAGAGCUCACUAAGGGAUACGCCCCCACACAGCGGAAAAAGAAAGCAGAGGCACAUAAAUCCAAUACUUACUUGAAGGAGUCCGAACCUUUUGAUGACCGGUGGACCCCAUCUUGCACUGAGGCAUUUCAUCAAAUUAUUCUGUGUCUGACUACCGCACCCGUCCUGGCUUUCGCUGAUCCGAGUAAACCCUAUGUGUUGCAUGUCGAUGCUAGCUUAGGUGGGUUGGGAGCUGUUUUGUAUCAAGAGCAUCCCUCUGGGCUGCGUCCUGUGGCAUUUGCUAGUCGGAAGCUGAGCAAAUCUGAACAGAAGUAUCCCAUCCACCAGCUAGAGUUUCUGGCACUGAAGUGGGCUAUCGUGGAUAAGUUUCACGAUUAUCUGUAUGGGGCUAAAUUUACAGUCCGUACUGAUAAUAAUCCCCUCACCUACGUGCUUACCACCGCAAAGUUAAAUGCUGCGGGACAUCGCUGGUUGGCUUCCCUAGCCACGUAUGAUUUUGAUGUGCAGUAUCGACCCGGGAGAACCAAUGUUGACGCUGAUUUAUUGUCUCGCAGAGGAGUUGAGAGCCAGGAAGCUGAACCUUGGAGAGGCAUAUCUGAAAUGGGUGUCAGAUCAAUAUGCCAGAGGGUUGGUGCAGUCGUUUCCUCUGAUGGUUCGCCUAGAUAUGUUGAACAAUUGGGAGCCUCCCCAGAAUGCAUUCCUAAAGUGUUUGCAUUUCCUACUCACCUGAGUUGCAAUUCUAUGGAGCAGAAGUCACGUGCUGAGUUGAUCCAUGCACAGAAGAAUGAUGCUACCUUAGGUUCUGUAAUUUCUGCAUUGGAAGAUGGAAAAUGGCCUGUGGAAGUAGAAGGAAAGUCAGAGUUAGGGCUGAUGAAGCGAGAGGGAGGACGGUUAGUCAUGAAGGAGGGACUACUUUAUAGAAGUAAUAAAACAUCUUCUGGUAAAGAAACUUGGCAAUUGGUGUUGCCAUCGAAAUUCAGAGAGACUGUGCUGAGAUCAUUACAUGAUGAUAUGGGCCAUUUAGGGGUGGAACGCACCAGUGACCUGUUGAGGAAUCGGUUCUUCUGGCCUAAGAUGGCUCAAGAGGUUGAGCAGUAUAUCAAGAAUUGUGGACAGUGUGUUACAUACAAAACUCCUUGCAAGAAGUCUGCUCCGUUACAUCAAAUUGUCAGUAAUGGACCUCUAGAUCUUGUAUGUAUUGAUUUCUUGUCGAUGGAGCCUGACUCCAAGGGGAUCAGUAAUGUACUAGUGGUUACUGAUCAUUUUACUAGAUACGCACAGGCCUUUCCGUCCAAAAAUCAAACCGCUCUCACUGUUGCCAAAAUUCUAGUGGACAAAUAUUUUGUUCACUAUGGUUUGCCAGCUAGGAUUCAUUCAGACCAGGGGCGGGAUUUCGAAAGCAAACUGAUUAAAGAGCUCCUGAGUCUUUUGGGUAUACGGAAAUCUCGCACCACUCCCUAUCACCCUCAGGGUGACCCCCAACCUGAGCGUUUUAAUCGCACCCUACUUUCUAUGCUGGGGACACUGGGACAGGAGAAAAGACGGCAAUGGAGUCAACAUGUAGGUCAUGUAGUACACGCUUAUAAUAGCACCAAGUCUGACGCUACAGGAUUUUCUCCUUAUUACCUAAUGUUCGGGAGGGAAGCGAGAUUGCCUGUUGAUUUGUGUUUUCCCAUUUCCUCUGAUGGGCAAGAGGAGAGACAGCAUGCACAGUAUGUGAAAAAACUGAAACGUGAUUUGCAGGAAGCCUAUCAGCUGGCAUCGAACGCAGCUGAUAAAGUGCACCAACGUAAUAAAAAGGCUUACAAUAGUAAGGUGAAGUUUCAGAACCUAGACGUUGGUGAUCGAGUGUUGCUCCGAAAUCUUGGGUUGAGGGGUAAGCACAAACUCCAGAGCCGCUGGAGUCCUAUACCCCAUGUUGUUGUAGGGAAAAUGCCUCACUUACCUGUUUAUAAGGUGAAACCGGAACAGGGCCAGGGAGGAGUGAGGUCUCUCCAUCGUGAUAACCUCUUACCCAUUGGCCAAUGGGUAAGGAUGCCAGAGAGCACAGUUGAUGUUGAGACGCUAAAAGGGGUGAAAACACGGUCACAAUUAGAAGAAAGACACAAGAGAACACAAAGGCGAGCAGAAUCCUUACCUGAGUUGUCAGAGUCUUCUUCUGAGUCAGAGAGUGAAAGACCAGACCGCCAUUUUGGGGCCUGCAUUGAUCAUUUAUUGCAGAACAGGGUGUCACGAGAAAGAUCUUUUACCUUAAGUCCAGCAGAGCUGGAUGAUCAAAGCCUAGAUGAUAAUGAUUCAAGUGUGGAAGAAGAUCAGAUCUCUUUAGAUUGUCCUGAUGAGGAAACAGGGGACAGUAGUUUUGAAGCAAUGUCAGAAAGGGAGGAAGCUGAUCAUGUUAUCAUUCAUGAGGAAAGACAAAGAUCAAAAGAAAAACCAGCAGUGUGCCCUACCCCAAGAGCUAGUAAUAAAAGGAGGAUAAAACCUGUAAUUAAACUAACAUAUGAUGAGCCAGGUAAAGCUAAAGAUCUCCCGAUAACUAUAGUGCAUAGAGGAAUCGUAAUUAAGGUUGGUUAGAGGUGAUUCCGAGAGAAUGAGAUAGUUCAUCCUCUUCUAGUUUGUUCGUCUAGUUUGUUCCUAUUCUAAGUUAAAUGUCUGAUGAGGACAUCUAGACAAUUAAAAAGGGGGAGGGUGUAACCCAAUAGGAAAAUGUGGUUUAAAUUUCCUUUGUUGUUCAUUUCUUUAUUCAUGGUUUAUUUAUUAUGAUGGUAUUAUAUGUUAAAACCUUCAAUUAUUAAGUGUAAAUGUGUUUAGUUUGUUUUAUUUUUAUUUCUUACCUUAUGUGUGGCCAAUCAGAUGUCCAGGGCAGAGGUGAAGGGGAGGAGCUAGAGGAGAGAAGGGAGAAGGGGUAUGAGAAAGAAUGUGACAGCGUGAGCUGGCGAUCGGUAUAUUAAACAAAUAGAUUUGUGUGUUGUUAUUAUAGAUUAGUGGUUUUCAAAACGAAAGCUGAGUAACUAAUUUAUAAUUUGAAAGGAGAGAGGGGACUUUAAAACAAAGUUUCUACAAUUUCUCCCUAUUUUGAGUUCACGUGGACAACGCAGCUCGGGCGUUCUGAUCAGAUACUCUGUUAGCAUGAUCUAACCCAGUGCAUGCGCAAGGCAGAGUGUUGCGCAGAGACUAAAUCUAUUUACCAACGAACGAGGACAGCGCGAGGAACUCGUGAGGAAAUCGGACAGUGCUCGGAGUUACUUAGCAACACUCGGAGUUCCGCUGGCGGCGAGGGAUUCCCCUGAUCGUUGUCAUCGAGUCAUCGAUUGUCUGCACGAGUGAGGAAACCUGUUUAACUGGAUCGAAGCCACUAUUUCACUAUCAUCGUUCUGAUUCCUGAAUGUCAUUGCUCUCCUCAUCAUCUACCGGAACGGCGGUUGAUUGGUUUGAGUCACCUGGAGUGUCAUCUGAUGUUUAAACAUGGUUUUAACUGGAAGUUGGAAGGAAGAUUAUCCACAGGAGGGCAGUGUUUCUUAAAAUUUGCCCAUGGCUCGGCACAAGCAUGACCUUGAAGCAGGACUGGGAAUGAGUUGAUGCUGCAUUUAAGGUCUUACAUUCAUUUACAAAGGUUUACACACACACACACACACACAUAUUAGUGCUGUCAAUGAAUUAAAAAUAUUAAUUAAUCACACAUUUUUCUAUAAUUAAUGGCGAUUAAUCACACAUUAAAGUUUUUAAUAUAGUUUUAUAUUGUAAUCAUUUCACAUUUAA